CCUUUCCGUCCCCUUCAUACCUAGACCCUGAUCUCCUUUAGUCACAGACUCGGCAACCUUCAUGUGGAGCAGACUCUCGCUGUUCCGCUCACCACUCGUCAGCUCAUUCAUCAAAUCCAGCUCAAGCUCCCGCUCGUGCCUUCCCAGGUUCAUCGCUCAACAACACCAUCGUAGCAUGUCGUCGUCCACCGCCCAACCGGGACAGAUCAAUUUCCCUGUGACUCCCGUCGAGGGAAACUCACAGCCUUUAGGUGAGGGAAAGUAUAUCAAGACCGCAGGUUGUUUGAUCAUCGGAGACGAAGUCUUGAACGGCAAGACCCGCGACUCGAACAGCAACUUCUUCGCCAAACAAUGUUUCGACCUCGGGAUCGAGCUCAAGAAGAUCGAGGUCAUCGCCGAUGAUGAGGAAGAGAUCGUGGAAGCUGCCAGGAGGAUGACCGAGAAGUACGAUUUCGUCGUCUGUUCGGGUGGGAUUGGACCUACUCAUGACGAUAUUACCUACCCGUCCAUGGCCAAGGCUUUCAACCUUCCUCUCGAGCUGAAUCAGGAGACCGUCAAAAGGAUGCACGCUGGGAUGGUAGCUCGUGGGAUGGACCCGAACGCUCAAGAUGCCGAGCAGAGGACGGCGAGGGAGAGGAUGGCCCAGCUGCCUACCGGUAAGGGGGCCGAGUGUAUCUUUGUUGCCGAGGACAAGUGGGUCCCGGUCGUCCGUCUCGGUGGCAAGCUCUGUAUCUUCCCCGGUAUCCCGUCCUUGUUCGAAAACCUCCUCCUCUCGCUUACGCCUUACCUCCCCCUCCCGCCCGAUUCGGCAAAACCUUUCCGACUGUUGGUCUUUACCAACAUGCCCGAGAGCUCGCUUGCACCGUAUCUGACCGAAUUGCAUCAACGAGAGAGGAAGAACGGGAUUAGGGUUGGGUCGUACCCCAUGCUGUACAAGGGUGUGCAUGUCUCCCUGAUCGGCCUGGACGAAGCGCGAAUCAGGGAAAUCGGGGAGGAAGUCGCCAAGAAGCUCGAUGGCAAGGUUGUUGAAUCGCAGAAAAAGUAAAUCGAUGAGAGAAUGGACAUUUCGACAUGCAUCUCAAUGCUGUGUAAUAAUAGACAUCUAUGUGAAAUUAUGCGAUUCCGACCAAUUGUG